AAAAUGGCAUGCUUUUUUGGCAAUUGGCAUUUUGGCAAUGAAUGAGUUUUGAUUUUGUUAUAAUAUGUAAUGUAUAUUUAGAAAUAGCGCAGUAAUAUUUGCGUUUUUGUUUUAUUAUAAACUAAUUAUACUGGCUGAGAAUAUAUUCUUAAUAGUGGAUAACACGAAGAAUCUCAUUAUGCUGUACUAAGUAACUGGAAAUCUGGACCACUGAUACAUCUAAGAUGGCUGAAGUGGAUCCAGAGACUUUGUUAGAAUGGUUGCUGACGGGACAGGGUGAUGAGCGUGACAUGCAGCUCAUUGCCCUUGAGCAGCUCUGUAUGUUGCUGUUAAUGUCCGAUAAUGUUGAUAGAUGUUUUGAAAGUUGUCCCCCAAGAACAUUUCUACCAGCCCUAUGCAAAAUAUUCCUAGAUGAAUGUGCACCAGACAAUGUUUUGGAGGUUACAGCCAGGGCUAUUACUUAUUACUUAGAUGUUUCUGCGGAAUGUACAAGACGGAUUGUAGCUAUUGAGGGUGCUGUCAAGGCAAUUUGCAGCAGGUUGCUUACAGUAGACCCCAAUAAUCGAACUAGUAAAGAUUUAGCUGAACAAUGUAUUAAAGUUCUUGAGCUUGUUUGCACUCGUGAAGCAGGCGCCGUGUGGGAAGGUGGAGGACUUCCUGCUGUCUUACAUUUUAUCACACAUCAUGGUACAUCUGUCCAUAAAGACACACUUCACUCAGCUAUGGCUGUUGUGUCUAGGGUUUGUGGUAAAAUGGAGCCUGGCGAUGCACGUGUUGGGGACGCGGUGUGUUCACUAUCUGCGCUGUUGCGGCACAGUGACGCGCGCGUAGCCGAUGCUGCGUUACGCUGCUUUGCGUCGCUCGCGGACCGCUUCGCUCGUGCCCAUGCCGACCCUGCCCCGCUUGCUGAACAUGGUCUAAUUGAAGAACUGGUACGGAGACUAGGCAGCACCGAAAGUGGUGAUGACAAGUGCCUCGCUCCUUCAGUCUCUACAACAGUCAGUCUACUUUCUACACUUUGCCGUGGAUCUGCGCAGAUUACGCAUGAUUUGGUGCGUCUAGAAUUGUGUUCCGCGAUUGAAGCAGCCGUGCAAGCAGAUGAGCGCUGGUGCCUCGAGUGUAUGCGUCUCGUGGACUUGUUACUCGUUCUGUUAUGCGAGGGCCGUCAUGCUAUACAGACUGGAUCCUCUCGUGGUGGUGCUUCCGCUUCUGGUUCAAGUACUAGCAGCGGUGCCAGUGGCGAGGGCUCGAGUAGUACUGCGGCCGGCGCGGCGGCGGGGGGUGGAGGUUUGCGUGGGGAUAAAUCUCACCGUCAACUGAUUGACUGUAUUCGAGGCAAAGACACUGAUGCUCUCCUUACAGCGGUGUCCAAUGGGGCCGUAGAUGUCAAUUUUACAGAUGACGUCGGCCAAACUCUACUAAAUUGGGCAGCCGCUUUCGGCACUCGUGAGAUGGUCGAAUUUCUUUGUGAAAAAGGUGCGGACGUAAAUCGUGGCCAACGCAGCUCGUCAUUACAUUAUGCGGCGUGUUUCGGUCGGCCGGCUAUUGCAAAGGUGCUUCUUCGCUACGGCGCUAAUGCCGAUCUUCGUGACGAAGACGGAAAAACUCCUUUAGAUAAAGCAAGAGAACGUCACGAUCAAGGACACAGAGAAGUAGCUGCUAUAUUGCAGUGCCCUGGAGAAUGGCUUGUAGUGGGGAAUCAUGAUUCACCGACAUCCUCCAAUGAUGAAGAUUUUCCAGAAACGGGAGACAAGGAAAUGGCUACAAUUUAUCUCGAGCGGCUGGUGGCGGUGUUCUGCGCGCGGUACCUGGGCGCGGGCGGCGCGGGCGUGCGGCGCGCGUGCCUGUCGCUGGUGCGCAAGAUGGUGCACUACGCGCCCGCGCGCCUGCUGCGCCGCCUGUCGCUGGCGCCGCACCCGCACCACCCGCACCACCACCACCACCACCAUCACCACCACCACCACCACCAGCAUCACCACCACCACCACACCGCCGCGCUGCUCACGCAGCUCAUCGCCGCCGUGCUCGACAACGUGGAUGACGAUGAUGGACAUCUGAUAGUUUUGGGUAUCGCAGAGGAACUUAUGGUGAAAGCUGCAGAUAUAUAUUUGGAACAGUUCGCGCGCCUUGGCGUGUUUAGCAAAGUGGAGGCAUUAGCUGCAGCGCCUGCGACACUGCUCUCGUCUGACGGUGAAACAACUGUAGUUGCAGGAAGCGGCGAGGAUGCAUCGUGCCUGUCGGCGGGCGUGGCGUACUCGUGGGGCGAGUGGUCGCUGUGCCGCGGCCGAGACGCGCUCUACGUGUGGAGCGACGCGGCCGCGCUCGAGCUCAGCACCGGCAGCAACGGCUGGUUCCGCUUCCUGCUCGACGGGAAGCUCGCCACCAUGUACUCCAGCGGCAGUCCGGAGCACCAGACCGAUAAUACAGAAAACCGUGGCGAAUUUAUAGAUAAACUCCAAAGGGCAAGGGCUUCCGUAAAAAAUUCUGUCCCACAACCGAUACUUUCAAAACCAGGAUCAACAAAACUUAUUUUAGGUAACUGGGCAUUAUCAUGCAAAAAAGAAAAGGAACUUCAAAUACAUAAUACAGAUGGACAGCAACAAACUACUAUAUUAAGAGAGGAUUUGCCAGGCUUUAUAUUUGAAUCCAAUCGAGGAACAAAGCAUUCGUUCACAGCUGAAACAUUUUUAGGUCCAGAGUUAGCCAGCGGUUGGGCGAAUCGUAGACUUGUCACGAGCGAUCCCUCCAAUAUGAAUCAUAGCCGGUCCCGCUUCUCGGCAAAAACCGAAGCACUGAAAGCACAGGUGUCGGAGAGGGCGCGCACGCUGUACGCGCGCCACCUGUCGCGCGCCGCCACGCGCCAGCCGCGGCCGCCAGUCGCGCGCCUGCGCGUGCUGCUCGCGCGCAUGCAGCGCCUCGCCGCCAUGCCCACCGAAGGUUGGCAAAAGGAGUUAAAUGAAGCUUUGGAUCAACUAGCGGAGCUUCUUUGCGGUGAUGAACUCUUGUCUGCUUACGAACUGCAGUCUUCUGGAUUGGCGCCGUCAUUGUUGCAAGUUUUAUCACCUCAAGCUAAUGACGCGGCAGGCCAGGCGGCGGAGCGCGAGCGCGUGGUGCGCGCGUGGGUGUGCCGCGACGGCAUGCGCGCGGGCGCGGCGCUGGCGGCGCGGCUCGUGGCCGUGCUCGAGAGCGUCGAGCGCCUGCCCGUGCACGCGCCCGCCGGCGACGCGCCGCCGCCGCCCGCCGGCGCCGCCGCGCUGCACCACCUCACCAAGAGGAUCAGAUUGCGUGUUGAACGAGCCAGUGAUGAUUCUACUGAUGAAACGAGUACGAAUAAUGGAAACAAUGCUGCGCGCAAUCUUAAAGUAGAGGCCUUAACGACCGUUCGACAGUUAGAGAGGUUUCUCGCCAAAUCUGUGGCGCGUCAGUGGUAUGAUAUGGAUCGUUCCACAUUUAAUUUCGUACAGAAGAUUAAAGCAGAAGCACCGAUCACUUUUACUUAUGAUCAUGACUUUGACGAAAAUGGGGUUCUAUACUUUAUCGGCAGUAACGGUGGUACAUGUGAAUGGGUGAAUCCUGGUGCGCAUAACUUAGUUUGUGUGUGGUCAUCCGACGGGCGCCAAUUACCGUACGGACGUGCUGAAGAUGCACUGUCCAGAUCACCAGAGCCCUUGAACGUUCACACAAACGAUGAUCGACGUGCAUUCAUAGCGCUGGACCUUGGAUUACAUAUUAUACCAACAGCAUAUACUCUCCGCCACGCACGUGGUUAUGGACGUUCCGCGCUUAGGAAUUGGCUCUUCCAAAUGUCAAUGGACGGUGUAACUUGGAGUACUCUGUUAGCCCACAACGACGAGCAAGCUCUACAAGAGCCAGGCAGUACAGCAACUUGGCGUUUGCGCGCCGAUGCUCCAUACCGUUACUUGCGGAUACAACAGAACGGCAAGAAUGCUAGUGGACAAAGCCACUAUCUAUCGUUAUCGGGCUUGGAGCUGUACGGGAAUGUGAUGAGCGUAUGCGACAGCGUACCUCGUCAGUGCGGCACCAGCGGUGGCACAGGCACAGGCACGGGCGCGGGCGCGGGUGUGAGUGUAGGCGGCGGCGGUGGCGGCGGCGGCGGCGGCGGCGCGCGGGCGCGGCGCUGGUCGCGCGGCGCGCGCGGGCUGUGCGCGGGCGCGCGCGUGGUGCGCGGGCCCGACUGGAAGUGGCGCGACCAGGACGGGCCGCAGCCCGCCAUGGGCACCGUCACCUCGGACCUGCACAACGGCUGGGUCGAUGUUAGGUGGGAUCAUGGAGGGAGGAAUUCCUACCGCAUGGGUGCGGAGGGCAAGUUUGACCUGAAGGUAGUGUGCGGCGGCAACGCGGGCGGCGAGGGGGGCCGGCACGGCCGCAAGAGCCACUCCACGCCGAGCCUACCCGACGCCACCGCGGUUGAUCAGCAGGUAUCGGUAGCGUCGACCGAGCAAGCGUCGUCCGCUGACAACAUAUCAGGAGAGGAGAUGACAAGCAACAUGUCGCGGCCGCGCAUGCACGCUACCGACCUCUCCGCUAUCAAUAAUUCCAGUCACCAUAUCAACACUGAUCUUGCUACUAUAGUGGAAUCAUUAACCUUAGGCGCAGAAGGCAAUAAUUGUAUGGCUGACCUUGGUAAUACUUCCUAUACAAAUAUGGAAAUGGGCCCAACUAGUAUAACGGAUAUCACAAAACCCUAUCCAGCCAAAGAGCCUGUACCAGAAGGAAAUACUCAGGAGGAAAGCGAGCCGCUCAAUAAUGAUGGCGAUGCGGUGAGAAACAGCGCCAACGCGCUGCUGUCGAGUGAGCUGCUCGCGCUGCCCGCCUCCCUGCUUCACACACUGAGAAAUAACGCCAACCGCCUUCAUAUACAGUGUGAAGAUAGCGAGUCUGCUGAAGCUCAGUACGGUGAUCACAAAAAAGAUGGAUCGUCGGGCGGCGGCUCUGGAACUAUGAGUGCUAGUGAGCCGGAUUUAACACAACAGGGAGCGGCGCGGCUGCUGGAGUCGCUGGGCGUAGGGCGCGGCGCGGGCGGCGCCGGCCGCGGCCAGGCGGCGCCGCGCCAGCCGCGGCCCAACCACGCCACCAGCCUCUUCCCCAGCCUAGUACGUCUUGCCCUGUCAAGCAACUUCCCGGGAGGUUUAUUAUCAGCAGCUCAAAGUUACCCGUCAUUAGCGCCAAACGCCCAAAACGCUUUGACAUUAUCACUAACUUCCACGUCUAGUGAAAGUGAACAGGUUUCCUUGGAGGAUUUCUUGGAAUCCUGCCGGGCGCCAGCGUUGCUCACAGAACUCGAAGACGACGACGACGCCGAAGACGCUCUCGAUAGCGACAAAGAGAACGAACCCACCUAUCAGGAAGUGGUAUCUCGCAAUUUGUUGUCACUAAUGGAAGAAGAAGCACUGGAGGCCGUGAGGGGUGCGAGUGGCGGCGGGUCGAACAACGCUCGCACGCGUCGACCGUGGGAUGAUGACUUUGUGCUCAAACGACAGUUCUCUGCACUCAUUCCCGCUUUCGAUCCGCGCCCAGGGCGCACCAAUCUCAAUCAAACAGUCGAUCUCGAUGUUCCGCUGAACGAGGAAUCAGAUGCCGAGGAGGAGGCGGGGCCGGCAGUGAGUGGCAGCGAGGGCGGUAAUGGUAGCAGUAGCAGUAGCAGUAACGGCCGUCUGCCGGCACUGCGGCUAGUGUUGAGCGCGGGCGGCGCGUCGUUAACGUUAGAGCGUCCGUCGUGGACGUUGUACCGCGCCGUCGUCGCACUCAACUCGCGCUUGUCUGCACAUGAUACGCACCGUGACACUACUUACACAUUAACAUAUAAGGAAAUAGAAGGAAUGGAGACAUUUGCGUCUUCAAGUGACAGUGAGGAUGAUGAACCUUGUGAUCCGGAGCGCGGCCUGGCCGGAGUAUCAGGCGCGGAGGGCGCGAUGGCGACGUGUUGCGUGCGAGUGCUGCGGCGGUUGAGGGCGGCCGCGCCCGCGCUGCCGUCCGAGUCCUUCCUCUCCACCAAGCUCACCAACAAGCUGCACCAGCAGCUGCAGGAGCCACUCACGCUUGCCGCCGCGGCCACGCCUCCCUGGUGUCAGCAAUUGAACGACUGGUGUCCAUUCUUAUUUCCGCUGGAAACGCGGCAGAUGUUCUUCGCGUGCACAGCGUUUGGUACGUCGCGGACCAUCGUGUGGUUGCAAGCACAGCGAGACCGCGCGCUUGACAGGCAGAGGGCGGGUAAUACAGUAUCGCCACGCCGCGCUGAUUUGGAAGCUAAUGAGUUCCGCAUGGGACGGCUGCGGCAUGAGCGUGUUCGUAUACCCAGGCAUCCUAAUUUGCUACGGUCUGCCAUGCAGGUGAUGCGCGUGCACGCGGGCCGCAAGUCGGUGUUGGAGGUGGAGUUCGCGGGCGAGGAGGGCACCGGGCUGGGCCCCACGUUGGAGUUUUACGCGCUGGUGGGCGGCGAGCUGCAGCGCGCCGACCUCGGCAUGUGGCUGCACGACGCGCCUGCGCCCACUGCUUCCAUCGACUCCGCGAUGCACCACCCAGUGCUACUGGACGAAAAGCCACCCGGGUACUAUGUGACACGUGCAGGAGGCUUAUUUCCGGCGCCGCUGCCUCAAGACUCUCCUAUCUGUGAUAAAGUUUGCAAAUACUUCUGGUUCCUAGGAGUAUUUUUAGCUAAGGUUUUGCAGGAUGGACGGCUCGUAGAUCUACCUAUUUCAGAGACCUUUUUACGUAUAAUGUGUGGAGAAGAACUUAGGACUGAACAUCUUGAAGAAAUUGAUCCUAUAAGGCAUAGAUUCCUCCAGAGUGUGCUAACGGCGGCGGAGCAGUACGAGAGCUUGCAGCGCGACGAGAGCCUGGCGCCAGACGAGCGCGCGCGCCGCGCCGCCGCGCUCACCGUGGAGGGCGCCACCUUCGACCAGCUCGCGCUCUGCAUGGCGCACGUGGCCGCGCACGCGGACCCUGCCGUCGCCGUGCAGCCGCUCUGCGACGGCGGCGAACACAUUGAGGUGGGACCACAUAACGCGCGAGCGUACGCGGAGGCGUCGGCACGGUGGAUGGUGCGCGACGGCAUCCGGCGGCAGGCGGCGGCGUUCCGUCGUGGCUUUGGUGCCGUAUUCCCGCCGCGGCGGUUGCGGGCCUUCUCGCCGGCCGAGCUGCGGCUACUGCUUUGCGGCGAACGUGGACCUGCCUGGACGCGCGAUCACCUGCUGCAGUACACCGAGCCCAAGCUCGGCUAUACCCGCGACAGCCCUGGCUUCCUGCGUCUCGUGGAUGUACUAGUUGAGAUGUCGCUGGUUGAGCGAAAGGCGUUCCUACAAUUUGCGACGGGUUGCAGCAGUCUGCCGCCAGGUGGACUCGCUAAUCUACACCCUAGGCUUACUGUAGUGAGAAAGGUUGACGCUGGGGAUGGAUCAUACCCAUCGGUAAACACAUGUGUGCAUUACCUGAAACUGCCUGAGUAUUCAUGUAAAGAGGUGCUCCGUGAGCGACUCCUCGCUGCUACCAAUGAGCGAGGCUUCCACCUUAACUAGACACCAAUAGGCAAUAUUUUAAUAUUAAUGAUAACAUUAGAAUCUGCAAAAAUACAGCACUGACUAUUCACACGUAAUCGGGAAAGUGGUUUCUCGACCAGAUGACCUUAUUAUACUAUCAAACAUAUAGGGUUAUAUUAAAUAUAUAUAUAUAUAUAUAUAUAUAUAUAUAUAUAUAUAUAUAUAUAUAUAUAUAUAUAUAUAUAUAUAUAUAUAUAUAUAUGACUACUCUUGUUUCUACCAAAAUAUAUGUUGAUACAGAAUAUGUUGUCUUUGCAACAUGUAAAUUGGUAAAACACGGCUUACGGUAUAAAAGUUGAUAAUAACACCAUACAUGUAUUAUACACCCGCAGUACACGAUGUACUUGGUAAAAUUGCGUUGUUACGUACAUAUGAUUAUAUAUAUUUGAUAGUUUAAUAAAAUAUAGGUGUAAAUGAUUGAUUCAUAUUUUGUUACAUGGAAUAUUUAAAUUUCAAUUAUUCCUUUAUUAGGUUAUGUAAAAUAGUACUUGUUUAAAUAUUAUGUUGGGGGAUUUUAAUAUAUCUACAUUGGCUAUGCUAUAUUAUAUUGUAAUUGAUUUAUAUAGGUAUGGAACUCAUAAUUUCCUUUUUAAAUAUAGAUACAGUAAGGUAAAUUUUAACUUCAAAAUGGAGAAGUUCUUUACAAAAUGCAGUUGUUAUAAAACGUGCAUUUCGCGUUUGAAUUAAUAAAUGUGGUUGAAUUAAAAUAACAUUUAAAUCAAGAAAAUGUUUUAACAUGUCAAUGUUUUAUUUUUGUAUUUAGGUAAAAGGUAAGUAAUAAAGUUGAGACUUGUGUUAAAUCAUCAAAUCCUAAUGGUGAUAUGAGACUGCUAUACAAAGUAAUAAAGUUUUCUUACUUCGAUAAUCUUCAGGUGUCAAUGCUCUAGCGUAUUCCCUAAAUUCAAGUUCCUAAAAUUUUAAGACCACGGAACACUCGUAAAUUAUUUAAAAUUUUUGGUAUUCCAUAUCAAAUGAUAAUAAAAGGGUACAACUUUUAGUUACAAUAUAUAGGGGAAUGAAUAUCUAAAAGACUACUUCUGUCGCAGACUUUUAUAACGAGUUCUAUUAUGGGAAGUAAGUAUACGAUACAGAAUACAGUUACCAUUAAUAUGAACGUUUCGUGAUAUUUUUUCGUUUUCAUUUUAUCCGGAGAUUAUCGAAGUUUGUAUUCAUAUGUAUUUAUUCCAAAGAAAUUAAUUUGAAGAUUUUUCAAAUUGAAAACUUUGGUUUGAAAAUGGAGAAUAAAUGUGAUAUUUACAAAAAAAAAAA